ACAUAUCUGAGCCCUUAUUGUCAUAAAACAAUUUUUCAAAAUGCAGACUUCUAUAAAAAUGGAGGCCAGUUCUCAGCCUUUUUUACACCUUUCCGUUUCGGUUUCUUAGCCUUUUCUUUUUUUCUAAAUUUUGUCAUGUCCGAGAAGCCCAAGAAGGAGAUUCCCGGUUACAUCAUGUACAUCAAUGGUGGUCUCGCCGGCAUGAUGGGGGCCUGCAUUACCCAACCGCUUGAUCUGGUCAAGACCCGAAUGCAGAUUUCGGCAACCACUGGAGAGUACAAGUCCUCCUUCGACUGUAUCGCCAAAAUAUUCAAGGGCGAGGGUAUACUGGCCUUUUACAAUGGAUUGAGUGCCGGGUUGAUGCGACAGGCCACUUAUACGACGGCGCGAAUGGGCUUUUACCAAAUAGAGGUGGAUUCGUACAUAAAAAGUUAUGGUGGAAAGCCACCAGUCUGGGCCAGCAUGGGCAUGGGCGUCUUGGCCGGAGUAGUUGGUGCGAUGGUGGGUAAUCCGGCGGAGGUGGCGCUCAUCCGUAUGAUGUCGGACAAUAGGCUGCCGCCGGCGGAGAGGCGCAAUUACAAGCACGUCGGCGACGCCUUCGUCCGAAUUGUGAAGGACGAGGGCGUGACAGCCCUGUGGCGAGGAUGCCUUCCAACGGUCGGUCGUGCCAUGGUGGUCAACAUGGUGCAGCUGGCCUCCUACUCGCAGCUCAAGAACUACUUCUCGCAGUAUGUAAGUGGCUUGGGUCUUCAUAUCAGUGCCGCCAUGAUGUCUGGUUUGUUGACCACUAUCGCCUCCAUGCCGCUGGAUAUGGCCAAAACCAGAAUCCAGAACCAAAAGACUGGUGAAUACAAGGGAACAAUGGACGUCCUUUUGAAAGUGUUCAAAAACGAAGGUUUUUUUGCUCUUUGGAAGGGUUUUACGCCGUAUUUGUGUCGUGUGGGUCCGCACACUGUGUUUGCGUUUACAUUUCUCGAGCAACUUACCAAAGGCUACAAAAAAUAUGUUCUUGGUGACACGUCUGAAUCUAAUAUUUGAAAUAGUUUUCCAAAUUA